AUGGAUCUACACUCCGUUGGAGUCAAAUUGCAGAAGCUCACUCUCCCCAAUUCCUCAACCAUCCUCAUUUUUCACUCCUCCAUCCUUCUAAGCUUUGACCAUUUGAAGCUUUCUGUCCUAUUCCUCGCCGGCGAAGGGACAUCGGGAUCUUGGAUUCCCGUCAUGUCAAUUUGCACAUCUUGUCCGGUGUUGUAUAAUUUUGGACUUCGUCCAUGUCCGUCCACAUCGAGCUCUAAUUUGAAGAAGUCUCUAUCAAGAAAGCUCUUCUCAACGUGUUUUAAAGCUAGUCCAACUGAAGUUGCGGCUCAUUUUGACAGUAAGGUCUCACAGCUUCGUGAUUUUAUCCGAAGACCCAAUGCCGGAAUGUUUUCAGUUCUCCUUGUUUGGGAGUUGUUUAACAUUUCAACCUCCUCCGUUGGCAUGGAGAGAUCGCUCCCACCUUCCUCUCUUUACAGAGAGAGAACUUUUCUACCUCUUCCCUUCUCCAUGAGAAGCGGAUUCUUCUCGGAUCACACCCGAGUAAGUUCUACAACUCUCUUACCUUUUUGUUAUCUUGUGUUUCUGUCUACAUGGAAAUUGAAGAUGCAACCGGAUUUGAUUCAUCAAAACUCGGAGGAAGAAGUUGUUUUCAACGUCACCUUUGAUCUCAAUGAUCGUGACUAG